AUGACCAGUCUGGUCAAGACCAGGCUGAUCAACCAACCUGGUCAGGCACUUUUGAUCCAGUCCCUCAGUACAGACAACUCCGGCAUGAAUUGUGGAAAUGAAAACAAGUGGAAAAUGAAUUCUGCAACCGUAGAAGAAAAAAUUGAAAUGAUUCUGAUUUAUGGUGAAUGUAGGAGGAAUGUUGACGAUGCUGUUGCCUUGUAUGCUGAGCGUUUUCCAGACAAUGUUCGCGCACGUUCUUUUUUUUACAAAGUUGUGACUGCCUUUAUCUCGGAUGGCAGCGUACAAACUAAAAAAAGAAAACGAAGAACAACUGUUACAGGAGAAGUUAAUGAAAUAGCUGUGCUAGCAGCUGUUCACCACAACCCACAGAUGAGUCUACAUUCACAAACCAUGAUGGCGUUGAUCGACAUAACAUGCAUUACUGGAGUGUAG